UUAGCUAUUAUCCUAAAAAAAGUUAGGGAGGAAAAAUAAAACUUUCCCCGUCGUUUCGCCGCCAAUUACAGCCACACACCCACCACGAGUGUACAGUCAGAGAUCCACUGCCGUGCCUCACCUUCCCACACCCACGAUUUCGUCGAGCACCUCGCGAGCAAAGCAGGCAGACGGCGGACGGAUAAAUCAUGGAGGAGAGCGGCGCGAGCGCGGCGGCCGUAGUCCCUCGGCUGUUGGCGGCGAAGGAGGAGUCCGGGAAAAGCUUCUCGGACAUCGCGGCCGAGACGGGGCUCACCAACGUUUACGUCGCGCAGCUGCUGCGCCGCCAGGCGCAGCUGAAGCCCGACAUGGCGCCCGCGUUCCGGGCGGCCGUCCCGGCGCUCACCGACGAGCUCGUGGAGCUCAUGAUGCGGCCGCCUUUCCGGUCCUACCACCCGGACAUCGUCCACGAGCCAACCAUAUACAGAUUGAAUGAAGCUGUUAUGCAUUUUGGAGAGAGCAUCAAGGAGAUCAUCAAUGAGGAUUUUGGUGAUGGAAUCAUGUCGGCUAUAGACUUCUACUGUUCAGUUGACAAGAUUCAAGGGGCUGAUGGAAAAGAUCGUGUGGUGGUCACAUUUGAUGGGAAGUAUCUGCCUUACACCGAGCAGAGAUCUGAACAUAUGAUGUCAAGAUUGAACCGGAAUGCAUCUUGAGAUGGCUGGUGUUACGAAGAGGAUGUAUGUUCAUGGUGUAACACAUUGUGUGUUGCCUGAUUCUACUUUAGACUUGGAAAAAAAUGAAUAAUGGCUUUUCUGGCAUGAAUGACCGACAAAUAAACGAACUUUCUACAUGUAUGCAGAAUAAUUUGUUAAAAAUGUGGUUUAAAUCAUCA